UACUGCUGUAGGAUAUACUGUAUUAAUAUUAUAAUAGUGAAGUGUAUUACAGUUUUUGUGUCAAUUAUCACAUGAGUGUCCACAACAUAGUGGACACAUCAAUAACCAUCUAAUUGAAGACUUUAAAGUAAUCAAACAAUUAUCAACAUUUAUGCAACAUUUGGUAAUCAACCGAUAGUAAGGACUGCGGUCAGAGAUGUCGGGUCGAAAUGUUUUGCCAACUCAUUACUCCCGAAGCUCAACUCAAUUCCCGAUUUUAUCACCAAAUGGUCGAUCAAUACUAAGAAUACGUGAGAAAUAUUUAUUGGUUUUAGUGGUGAUUGUCUUCAUUGUGUUCAGUGUUAUUGGUGUGGCCUUUCUUCCUGAACUUAAGGCCAGCAAUGUUUACAAAUACAUCAAACCGGCCGAUAAUUUAGGGCCCGAUCUCUUAGGAUUAGUGCCGCCAAUAGAGUCGGGUCACGCAUUGGGAGGUCAUGACACACACACUGCCAGAGCUAAGUUUGAAGACGCGGAGCGACUUCGGGCCAAAAUUAGUCAACAUUUUAGUUAUAAUUUAAGUCAAUUGAAUGCCGUACUCCCGAAACCUAAUGAAAAUGCUUUGCCUCAAGACUUGACUGAAAAACAUGAGGACUUCGAUGAUAACUGGAAACCUCUAGUAUUACCCAAUGGUGAAGAUAGCGAUCCCGAAGUGAGGAAAAAGAGAGACUUUAUUAAGGAAAUGAUGAGAGAGGCGUGGGUUCACUACAAGACCUAUGCCUGGGGUGAGAAUGAAUUGAAACCGAUCUCAAAGAAGGGACACUCGGCCGGCAUUUUUGGAACAACCAAAUUAGGGGCCACAAUUGUUGAUGGAUUGGACACAUUGUUCAUAAUGGGAAUGAAGGAUGAGUUCAAAGAAGGUCGCGAUUGGAUUCAACAGAAUCUAAACUUCGAUGAAAUCAAUAGUGAAGUCUCAGUCUUUGAGACAGUUAUUCGUUUCGUUGGCGGACUUCUCACAUGUUAUGCCUUUACUAAAGAUGACAUGUUUUUAGAAAAGGCUAAUUCAAUAGCCGCCCGAAUGUUGCCCGCAUUCAAUACACCGACGGGAUUACCUCACGCUCUGGUCAACCCGUCGACCGGUUCGAGUAAGAACUAUGUCUGGGCCUCACAGUCCAGCUCUAUAUUAUCAGAAGUCGGUACUCUUCACUUGGAAUUCCUAUAUUUAAGUGAUAUUACUGGCGAUAAUACAUAUAAAGAUAAAGUCAUAAGCAUUAGGCAUAGACUCAAUGAGUUACCUAAACCUCACGGAGGGUUAUAUCCAAACUAUAUUAGUCCUAAAACCGGUCAAUUUGGUCAACCACAUAUAUCAGUGGGAGCUCUGGGAGAUAGCUUUUAUGAGUAUCUUUUGAAAGAAUGGAUCCAAUCGGGUGGUAAAGACAUGGAAGCGCGUCAUAUGUGGGAUGAGGCCAUUGCAGCCAUAGACAAGAAUUUAGUACAAAAGUCUCGAUCAGGUCUAACAUAUAUCGCCGAAAUGAAAUACGAUAGACUUGAGCACAAAAUGGAUCAUUUGGCCUGUUUUAUCACUGGACUUAUUGCACUCAGUGGUCAAUCACUUGAUGCACAACUGAAAAAUCAUUACUUGGAAUUAGGGGCACAACUAUCCCAUACAUGUCACGAGUCAUAUGCAAGAACUGACACAGGAAUAGGUCCCGAAUCGUUCAGAUUUACUGAUAAUAUUGAAGCAAAAGCUGUCAGACCAAAUGAGAAAUAUUACAUUCAAAGACCUGAAGUGAUUGAGGGAUGGUUUUACAUGUGGCGACUAACCCACGACAACAAGUAUAGAGACUGGGCGUGGGAGGCGACACAGGCUAUCUAUAAAUAUUGCAGAACAGAGACGGGAUAUUCUGGUAUUAAAAACGUUUACGACGUAAACGGUCCUAAAGACGACGUUCAGCAAAGCUUUCUUUUGGCCGAAACAUUGAAAUAUUUAUAUCUUAUAUUUUCUACCGACGAUUUAGUCUCAUUUGAGGAAUGGGUGUUCAAUACAGAAGCCCAUCCGUUGCCAAUUUUUGGCAAAAAUCCGGCCUAUUAUAAGAAAUCAUUAAAUUAAUUUAUUGUGCAAUUUACUGACUG